AUGGCGGAAACUCUCAUUGAGGCUGCAGGCGACGAUCAACACCUGUACUACCUCGUGCGGCCCUCAACCGGCGAAGCCGAUGAACUAUUGCAACAGAGCCUCAAGGCCCACGUCAACUUGCCAACAGGUUUGAGCCGCCCAUCACCUCGAGCCGGAACCUCACCGCGUCGUUCAACAACUCGUCAAGCCCCGUCGCCACACACGGCCGGGAACCGCGGUGGAACAUCGGGCACACACGGCGGUGCUGGCAAGCCAGCAUCAUCGCCUCGUGAGACGGCCAGGGGUCCAUCGUCGGAGAACCACGCCCUACGCCCCAGCAGUACCCCCCCGCCUGCACCAAGUGUUGCCAAUCGCUUGCGGCAUUUUGAGAGAGAUCGUGCCAUUCUGGAGCAGCUUCGCCAGGAGAUUGAGGGCUUGCAGACGAGGCUACAAGACAUGGCCAGCAAGUAUGUCUACAGUAGUUCUGCUGUUGGCGUGCCUUUAAGCUGCUUCCUCACAAUUUGGAAAUCUAGAGUUACUUCACUUUCCGUGACCAGUACCGAGUAUCAAUCAGCAAUCGCCAGCCUGGAAACCACUGCCCGGCAGCUACGACCGGAAUAUGAACUGAAGGUUCAGCGAUAUGAUGCGCUGUACGAUAAACUGCAUAACGAACGUGAGGCGUUGCAAAAGCUCAUGCCUGAUUCGAACCUCUUACAUUGGGCGUGGCGCCCUUCCCGACCUGAAAUUUGA